ACUAAAAAAGUAAUUUAACAAAAUCGCAAAAAAUAACACAAAAACAAAUAGACGAAAUUCAUCUUUACUUUGUGUGAAAAUUUUUAGUCGAAAUAUUUGAAUCCACAAAUCGAAAUGAGAACUAAUGGAUUCAUUUAGUAAUUCUAAAAAUUUUAAUGAAACAGUUACACCACGGGCCUCACAAGGUCAAAAGAAACAACUUCACAGAGUUCACAUUUGUUGAACUUUGAAAAAGGUGACGUGAUUUGUGAACCUAAGGCAAAUUUUCUCUGUUAAGCAAUGUUUCCUCUGAAAGUCUUUGUGUUAGCUGUAAUAUUUGUAAUACAACUUCAGUUUGCCUUCUCAUCAAAUAAACAUUACGGCAGUGAUGAAUGGAAAACAUUUUUCUCAAAGAGUGGCAAUAAAUCUGACUGGAGUCGAAGUUUCGUAGAAAAUCCGCGCGUGGACAUGAACGUUUCUGAGUUACCCACUCUAUAUCAUAAUAUUUACGGAGGUAACUAUUUUAUUCCUACGGUGACGAGAAAUUAUAGACUAUCAUGGGAUAAAAUUUUACCACGUGUCGAACAAGGUGACUCGGCGCCAGACCAGCGCCUUGAUAUUUCUAAUGACUUUCCAUCGAUAAAUGCAAAGUCUUCAUUUGCUCGUCGCUCUGCAUCAGUGUCUGAAACAUCACCCGGAAAUACAGCCAACUUUAUUACAGACAAAACUCGUAACGAAACUGAGGAUAUCGAUGACGAUGGGGUGGAUAUUCAUCACUACGACUACUCAGCGGUGAAAAACAUCGUGGCUGAGAAUCCUUCACUCGAUGUCGGUCCAUUAGUGUUCGUUUCCGUGGGACGCGGCGAUACUGCGCGACUUCCCUGCACCCGACGACCUCUGCCUCGUGACGACGCUGUGCGCCUUGUGCUGUGGUACCGCAACCACACCACUCGACCUCUGCUCAGUUUCGAUUUCCGCGAAGAGCAGGAGCAGCUUCGUAACGUGUCAACGCUGCCGCGGGACUACCCACCCAACUCGCUGAACUCGCUCUUCGCCACGCCGCGUAUGUCCAAGAGUCCGCCUAACGAACCGCGGCUCUCGCUCUCCAGUAAAGGAAGAACGUUGGUGGUCAGACACGCGACACGCAGUGAUCAGGCCGAGUAUCGCUGCACGGUUCACUUCAGCAGGUCACCUGCGGUCACGCAUCGACUGAGUCUCAGUGUACUCAGUCGCAUAGUGAACCUGUCACUAGUGGACGCCGCUGGCCACUCAGUGGGCACGAGAGUGGGGCCCUUCAAUGAGGGGCACCGCCUCACACUCACCUGUAGGGCCCACUUUAGUGGCAGGCUGGUGGAGCUGCAGUGGCUGGUGGACGGAGUUCCGGUGAGCUCGUCUUGGAGCAACCCUGAGCCAGGGUUCGCCGAGAGCCUGCUGGACAUCACCUUGGAGCCUCGCCACACGGGCGCUGAGCUCACGUGUCGUCUGGUCACGGCGCGGGGCCGUAAGCUGCCUGGCAGAGGCGGCGCACAGCAGAGACUCAGAGACGCUGUCGGCAACACCGGGGCUAACAUUACUGACCUCUCCACGGUCGUCAUGCUGAAAUGUGAGCUUGAGUGUGGUAUGAAAUUUAAGGAUGUUUUCGGUUCUUCAUUACUUAUGGGUACCGUGCUAAGCGAAUCAGACGCUGAAUUGAAGAGCAACCAGAAGUUCAUUUCAACAGGAGAUAAUCUCUUAACGUUUGUCUUCACCCCACGGAAUCAACUAUUGUCGUCAUCGGACGACGCAGAAACCCUAGACGAGGAAAUCACUCCAAAUCCAUUACCGGCGCAGCUUGGCCCAAAACUCUACGGGGAGUUUCAUCAUCAUUUCAGCGCGGGGCGUCUUGAGUCGAAUCAUCCACAUUUUGCAGCACAAAUCCAGUCUAUAGCAGCACCGCUCAAAGUCCUCACAUCAGACACGCCACAUUCGACAAAUGAUUUAGGAUCACAUUCUCUGUUCGCUUCACACCUCACACUGAGCAACAAUAGGAGUAUUUUACAACUGAGGCCUGUGCGUAGAGCAGAUGCGGGGCUUUAUACAUGCCUUGCGUCCAAUUCUGAGGGUGACGGUCAAAGUAAUGCUGGUCUGCUGAGAGUUACUCACGCGCCGUACUGCUUGGCACCACGAAACGAACCUCGGAUAAUAGUCGUUGGACGCAACACUUCCGUCACUCUGGUGUGCGACGUAGCUGCUGAGCCCGGCAACAAUUUAAAGUUUCUUUGGAUACGUCAGACCGACGUCUUUGGAUACCAACGCUCCUUUGAGAAGGGCGGGGUUGUUACAGGGGAAAGUCCAACUUUUCCUUUUCCUGGAAUGAUCGAUCUCAUUCCAACAGAGCCUAGCAGCGGCAAAAUCAACACAUCAAUUCACCACCCGCAGGCUUUACAUAACUCGAGCCCAACGUAUAUUCAAGGAUAUACCAGCAACACUCGUAUCGCUACGAAUCAAAAUCUUGGCCAGGCUGGAGAAAGAAAAGCUAACCUUGAAGGCCAUUACCAAAAAGAAAAAUCAGCGAAAAAGAACGAUAUACCGCCAUUUGCAGACCUUCCCUUCGUGCGAUGGGAAGACGUGCUUGAGGGAAAGAUUGAUCCAAGUGACCCGAAGAGAUCUUUUCUGACGCUUUCGGCGAGGGAGGCCACUAAUAUUUUAUGCUACGCUAAAAACAUGGAAGGCAGAAGCAGGGUGCCGUGUGCGUACUCCAUUGCAGUGGUUGAUCCACCGUCCCCCCCGAGCAACUGCAGCGUGGAGGAGGGGGGCGACGAUGGCAUUAAAGUCUGGUGUGUGGGGGGCGGUGACCCCCCCUCGCCCCCCGGCCUCAGCUAUGUGAGGUCACCUCAAGCCCGCACCACCACCGCCCUCGAGGUGUGGCGCCAGAAUGUCAUGCUGCUGAACACGUCCAGCUCGCGUCCAGUGUUCACACUGCGCGGUCUACCAGGGGACGCGGCUCUGCAGCUCAAACUCUACACUGUUGCUCAGCAGGCUCGCUCUGCACCCUACGUUAUGCACCUUCGUACCAGACCCUCCGACUCUGCACAUGGAAAUAUCAAACCCUCUAUUCAAAAUUUCGAUGAAGAGGAAUCCGGUUUAUCAAUAUUUUUCGACGGUCGUGGAAAUUUUAGCCUCAAAAUGCCCAGUUUGAUUGGUGCCAUCUUGGGAGCUAUCCUAGCUCUUAUUUUCAUAAUCCUGGCAUGCGUCUCUGCUAUUAUUUAUCACAAAAGGCGACGCUCUAACCAACAUCCUCAGCUUUCCACGCACAACCUCUCGGCAUCUCAACCGAGUUCCCGGUCGUCGUCGCAUCGUGGAUCAACCCACGACGUGCAAGCUUUUACUCAAAGAUCGUCGCCUGAACGCGAGCUCGAAUAUAUGUCUUCGCAAGCGUCCAAAAAUUUUGUUGGCUCGCAUGGCUCGGUCGCUGAAUCUUACCUAGGGCCCGUGUCCGUAAGUGGAGGUUUUAGUCCAGUCGUAGAAUCAACAACGAUGGCAAGUACUAUACCAAAAAUGAACCAAGAUCCAAACUUCGAACAGGCCACAGAGCCAGGGACCAUCUUGAGUCCCAGAUCAAUUGGACCUUCCUCAAACAUCAAUUCAUCAAUGGACACCAGUUUCAAUUUGGGUACCAGUCCUAUGGACCCAAGUGUGCUCUGCCCUGCUAACACGAGACAAAAUUUUUCGUUGACGCAGUUCCCACUUCUGGUCUCAUCGGACGCCUCGCUUAUGACUUACAUGCAAACUCCUGCCACCUGUCUCGCAGGGUCGCCAUCUCGCCAAGCAUCCGUCUCAUCAGCCCCAGCUCCACCGGCUCAGUUUCAAGAUCAACAUCAGCCAGUAUAUCCUUUAUCUUCGCUAACAAUGACACAGCAUUUACCGCCGUUCUCUAUAGAGCAAAACCCAAGCUUUGGCAUCCCCCAGAUGUCUUCCAGCUCUGGCAGCUGCUACCCGCUGUCGUCACCUCCGUUAUUAUCAAGCGUGAACCACACGCAAUGUUCAUCCUUCCACGCAAAUCGCUUUCCAGUAAUUUCUUCCAUUGCAGUUAAUGCUUCUCAAGGAACCCCUUCGAUCCCUUUCUCUUCUGUUGCUGGCCAGUUACCAAUUAACUCGUCCUUGUCUGUUGCCAACCGUCCAGCCCUCGCGACUUCAACCCAUAUUGGGAUGCCACCGACGCCUCUCUCCAGUUUCACGCCAGCCCAGAUGUCUGUCACUCUUUCUUGCAGCCCCUCCACUUUAUAUAACCCAAGCUAUGCGCCUGUAUCAGUAUCUAGUAUGUCUUCCACAACUAUACUGUCUCCCCUUCGAUUCGCUUACUCAACUCCGUUGCAAAUUCCAUCUACUCAACCUCGUGAUUUAGGAAAAGGGUCUAAAAAUUCAGAGGAUUCCGCAAUUGCCAGAAUAUCAGGAGUCGAACUGAAUGCUGAAGUUUCUGUUCCUGGCCAAGGGUCAAAUUCUUCGCUGACGGAAUGCUCGAUGAACAACGUUAGCACUUCACCUCUGGGAAAUCAAACUCUUGCUUUGAACCCUUCGUCGAAAGAAGAAGUUCGGGGAGCGGCGGUUAUUUCAACCCUAGAUCAGCAAUCUUCUCUCGAAAAUGCAAUGCCUGCAGGGCUGCAGUCAUGCAAAGUGAAGGAACGAAGUCAGGCAAGCGAUUCUCCCCAUAAAACCGAUUCGAUCCCCAAGCCUUGAUAGAUCUUUUUUCAGUAUUAACAAGUAUUAUGAAAUUAACCUUUCAUUCCGGGUGUAAAUUAAACGAGUCGUUGCGAUAUCCGCCAGGACUAUUUAAGUAUCAGUUUUCUUAUCAAAUUUUUCCUCAAAACGUUUUACGACGCAUAUUUUGUGUUUGUCGAAUAUAAUUUUAAAUUGCAGCUUCAAGUACCGGAAUAUUAUUUAGUGGUGAUGCACGUUUGCUCGUAAGCUGUUGGUCAUACGAUAAUUUCAAUGAUUCCCUGUUCGUAUCAUUCGAUUUUAUUAACCUUCAAUUCCCAUUUAAAAUUGAACCCCCGAUUCAAAAGGUAAAUGAUGAUUCAAAAAUUAUUUAAUCAGAGUAAUCCAACUAAAAAAUAUAACUAAGAUAUAUGCACUUUAUGCCUGAAGUUAGGUUGGAAGCUGAAUAGCCAGAUCAUAUUUUGAAAUUGUAACAUAUUUGGAAACUUAACAUAUAUGGAAAAGAAACUGCCCUGUCGACUCAUAAAUCUACAUUAAACUGGUUCAUAUUCAUUAAUGAAAAUAAUUAUAACGUUAUUCGAUCUUGACAUACUGGCGGAAUGGUGUCAAUAGCUUUUCUUUAAAAUAUCAACAUGAUAUUUGUGCAUCUCAAUGAACCAAUAAUCAACAGAUUCUCAUCACCUGAUAACCGGCUUCAAAUUAGAGUUAUUUAUGAAAUAUUAUAAUGAUGAUUUCCAUGGGAUGAUGAUGUUCAAGAUUGCCUUGCUAAAAUUAAUAAAUCACACCUCAAUUUGAUACUAUUAUUAUUCUUAAAUGUAUGCAAUAGGUUUUUCAACCAGUUUCAAAGGUAUUUACGCCAUGCCUAAACUUAUAAUCAUUGGGACCUCUUUGAAAUUAGUAUUUUUUCCAAUCCAGAUUAGCUUUGCACUUUUGAAAUUAAUUUACUUUGAAGUAAUAUAAUUACUACAAAUUCAAUAUUAUAUAAAGAACUAUAAAAUAAUAGGUAUCUAAACGUCCCAUGUAACACGGCGUGAAACUGAUCAUAGCCACGCAUUAUAAUGUUCCUGUGAGAUGACCGCGCCAUGUGGAGAAAAUCACGCAAACCUCUCAUGUACAAAUUAAGUUGAGGUCCCAAUUCCAGGCAUUUCCAAUCAUGGUAAAAUAUAACAAAGUUCUGAAGUAACCGUACGAGAAUUAUCAUCGGGCAAACAGGAUAUUUUCAUUGUACAAUAAUAACUACAAUUUUUAUGCAGUGACUUUAUAAAGCUUCUGAUUUAUGUGUCAGGUUAUGUUAGUUUGUAUAAAGUUAUGAGUGUUUAUAUCAUCCGAUUAGUUCUUGUUUACCAUAAUAACUGCAAAUUGUUAUAUAUGAUCUCAUAUUUUAUUCAUUCAAAAAACUUUUAAUCAAAUUGUAUACUUUCCAACUUAUAUUCUCAAUGAUUUGACGUAAAUCUAAUGAACAUUUAAUAUUUUUUGUUUCGUUCAAUUUAACACAUA